GUAACAAUUCUGUGUCUGUCCCUGAGUAACAAUUCUGUGGCCCUAAGUAACGGUUCUGUGGCCCUCAGUAACAAUUCUGUGUCCCUGAGUAACAAUUCUGUGGCCCUAAGUAACAGUUCUGUGGCCCUCAGUAACAAUUCUGUGUCCCUCAGUAACAAU